AUGUUUGACGUCAUCGUGGUCGGCGCUGGCCUAAGUGGCCUCCAGGCUGCAUAUUCUGCCCAGCAAGCGGGUUUGUCCGUCGUGGUUGUUGAGGCAAGAAAUCGCGUCGGUGGAAAGACCUGGAGUGUGCCUCUGGCUUCGGGACGAGGCUACGCCGAUCUCGGUGCUGCAUGGAUCAACGACACUACACAAAAGCGGAUUUCGGCAUAUGCCCAGCAGUUUAAAUCAGAGAUGGUUAAGCAACGGCUAGAAGGCAACGCCGUCAUGCUCGUGUCCAAAGGUGACAGAAUAGAGUUUCCUUUCGGAAUCACCCCGGAGUUUUCCCAGGAAGAAAAGACCAACUUGGAGUAUGUUCGCGACCACAUCCAGGCUGCCUCGUUGACCCCGGGACCUCCUCGCAUCGAGGAUGACAAUGUCUCUCUGGAUCAAUACGUCCGCAACCUCGGCGCAGGCCCGAAGACUGUGAAGAUGAUCAAUAUGUGGGUCAAGGUGAUGCAUGGUUUGGAGUCGACUGAAGAGACGGCGGCUUUCUUUAUUGACUACUGCCGGCGAAAUGGAGGACUGUUCUCCAUCCGUGCAGAUGAUCACACGGGUGGCAAUUACUUGCGGUUCCAUGAUGGCGCGCAGUCGAUUGCCUCGGGCAUCGCCGAUUUGAUCGGACACAGUAAUAUCCACCUGUCUGAGCCGGUAGCAUCCAUCGAAAACCACAAGACACACACCACCGUCAUUACCACAACCGGAAGAAGAUUUACGGCAAAGAAAUGCAUCGUCUCUCUGCCCAGUGCCAUGUACAAAUCUCUGAAUUUCUCACCGGCCCUCCCGGCUCCGGUCCGGGACAUUACCGACUCCUCGAAGCUGGGGCAUUACAACAAAUCCAUCCUCUGCUACGACACACCUUGGUGGAGAGACUUGGGAUACAAUGGCUUCUUCAUGAGCUACGAAGGUCCAAUCACAUUGACCCGUGAUACAAGUGUGGACGAGAAGCGUCAAUAUUCAAUCACCUGCUUUGUAAACGGGGCGGCUGGCGAAGAAUGGAGCAAGCUGUAUCCCCACGAACGUCGAAGCGCUGUACUGAACCAGCUGGCCGAGGGCUUCAACGUGGGUCCUGACUCUGAGUUGUUCCGCCCGAUCGAAAUCUUCGAGCAGAUUUGGAAGCACGAGCCGUAUAGCCAGGGUGCGCUCGCUCCCAUCACGGCGCUUGGUCACUAUACCAAAUAUGCAUCGGUGUACGGCAAGCCAAUUGGAAACCUUCAUUUUGUGGGCACAGAGUACUCGAUGGAAUGGAAGGGUUACAUGGAAGGUGCCCUUUGUUCUGGAGAGAAGGGUGCGCAGGAGGUGGUUGAGACUCUGCAGCGUGUUCCGAAAGCCAAUCUGUAG